AUGAGCCCAGGCAAGACUGAAGGACAGGGACAGCGGGAGUGGAGGGAUCAGGAGACCCAUGCGAAGUUGCUCCACCCAUGCAGACACAUUCUGGGAUUGUGGCAGCCAGAUAUCUGGCCCUAUGGAGGACUGCUAUAUGUAGUGGUGAACGGCUUAGGCAUUAUUGGUCAGACGUACCUGCCUCUCCAUGACCCCCAGGUGGAUAACUCAAUGCAGUUCAAGCCCGCAUUUAGAAUUCGCCUGACAGAGAGGAAACCGGCCACAGUGGAGUGCACGUACGGCCGCCAAGGGCCCCACAGCUUCCACAUGCAGAUUUGGAAGGACGGGUUCUCCACCAAGUGCAACCUGACGCACCACCACAGGAUACCUGGUUGGAGCCGAGAGGAUUUACACGCAUGGCUGCGGGAAGAAUGGGGGCAGACGCUGGAGCACAUUUUCCAGGAGGACAGGCUGCGGUUUAUCCUGAUGAAGCUCAUCUACCAUCAGAAUGACAACUGCCGGAACUACCACUGCAUCUACCUCUCCCGGAGCCUGGAGGACCUCAUCAGGCCAGGCCUCUUCAAAGGCACCCAAAAUGCCUACAGCCUAGAGGUUGUCAUGCUCAGCUUCCAUGGGAAGCAUGGCAGGGUCACGAAGAACGGUGACCACCACGUCCCUGCUGGGCAGCAGAUGAUAGAGAUCCACCUCAGGCACCGCAUCCAGCUGGCCGAUGAGAUCUUCAGCAACUUCAACAAGUACUCCCGCCUGGUCCAGGAGGUUCACGAGCAGGUGAUCCAGGAGCAGCAGCAGCAGCAAGAAGACAGCACUGAGGACGGCGAGGGCCAUGGCUGGCUGAGCCCUGCGCAGCCCAGUGUCGGGGAGUCCGGGGCUGCAGCUUUGGAGGAGCAGCCUGUCCAGUUUGUCCUGCCUGCGGGCGUGAGCUCCAGUAACCAGAACUACCCGCGAGCCUGCAGGAUGUGUUUCUAUGGUGUGGGCAUCGUUGCCCGCUCUGGCUCCACCUACCCCCAGCGCAUCCCUGGAGUCUUCAUCCUGUUUGAUGCAGACCACUUCGGCUUCAUCUGGCUGGAACCGAAUUGCCUCAGCCUGUACAGCAGAGUCCAAGUCACCUUCCAGAAUGCGGAGGCACCAGCCCCACAGGCUUUCCAGGAGAUUCUCAAGAACAUUCAGUCCCCACCCCCUGACGGCCCCUCCCUUGCCCAGGGGCAACAGUGCAAACUGCGGGUGCUGGAUUUAAGGAACAUGGGUGCCAACUUCUGGGAUAUGUGGCUUGGAGUCAGCACCGAGAAUUGCUCACCGAUGGGACCAGUGACUGUGCACAGCUCCAGCCCCAACAUGGAGCAUCCCCUGGCUCCCUUGGAGGUGUUCCUAGAUCUUAACUUCAAUGAAAGGGACCAGGAUAAGUUUUUCAUGCACAUCAUCCAAUGGGCCCAGCAGAGGGAAGGGUUGCUACACCUGUGCUGCAAGACGCUGAGGAUUUCUGAGGUGCCCUUCCAGAGAGUCAGGAGGGUCCUGGAUAGGGUGAGGCUGGACUGCAUCCAGGAGGUGAAAGUGAACUGCACCUGGGACCUGCCCACCCUGGGGACGUUUGCUCUCUACCUGGGUCAGAUGAGUAACCUGCAGAAACUCUUUUUCCUGGAAGAGUUGGCUGAGGAGGAAGAGGACGAAGAGCAGCUGGAGAUCCUGCAUCUAUUUGGCCUCAGCCUUGCGGAUUUCAGUGAGCCCCUCCGAGCUCUGCUGGAGGCAGUGGCACCCACCCUCCAGGACCUGGGUCUGGAUAAAUGUGGGAUGGCGGACUCCCAAGUCGAGGCCAUCCUGCCUGUCCUAAGCCGCUGCCACCAGCUCAGGAAGUUCGCCUUCAGACCAAUCUGUAACCUCAGGCUGAGCAGCAGUGAACUCAGGAGGAGCAGUCCAUUCACCCUGAAAUUCCUCCUUGGUCACAGCCUUUUCAGCAGCAGCCUGCUCUUCCUUUUCAAUCUCUUCAGGAUCUCUGUAGAAGUGAAGAUCGGGCAUGACUUCCCACGGGUGUUCACGGGAAAUAGUGCCACGCAUGCAGAGUACUUCCCGGGCCAGCAUCCACCACAUCAGACCCACUGA